CGGCCUUUACUUCCGGGUACCAACGUUGACGGUACCGGGUUCAAUAAUGUCGGCAUUCACCCACAAGGUACCAGAGACAAACUGCAGUCAUGGCGACUACGUUCCACCUCUUCCCUCGCCUGCCCGCUGAACUGCGCGUGCGUAUCUGGCAUGUUGCCCUGGGGGACGACUACGAAGAUCUCAAUGGCCGUGUUCGCAUCAUCGAGUUACACAGCUACAAAGCAGAUCCAAAAGAGCUUAGUGUCGCUGUAUCCCGCCGUUACCCAACGCUUUUCGAGGUCAACCGCGAAGCACGAUCUGAAGCUGCCAAGGCCGGUGGCGGAGAGUGGAUCACGAUGCAUGCACGCUUCAACGGCAGAAGUGAGCCAAGACACGCUGCCAGCUUCAAGAUCUACAUCGACUUCUCACACGACGUACUACUCCUCUCAGACCGUUUCAUCGCCCAGCAAGGGCAUGUGGAUAUGCCUAAAGACUACUUCAAGUAUCCCGAAGAAACGAAGCUUCUGGUUUUGAUGAACCUGUUACCCGAUAACGUCAUCAAGAAGAUCGCGUACUUCAUGCUCACAACGAGCUGGUCACGUUACAAGGGCGAGCAUUUGGAGCAUUUCCCUUCCCUUAAAGGUCUUCAUCUUGAUAGCCGCCAUCACAUAAGUGAUCUCAUUCGUACUAGGAUCGUCGUUGAGCAGUAUGAACUCAAAGCCUGGGAGUCCUUGGACUCAGAAGCACCACAAUUAUCCUGCCCCUUCACCUGGGGUACUGGCGAGGGUACCCUGACUUGGGUAUCGGUGUCUGGCGUCCUAGAAGUGGCGAGUGACGGCAUUCGCAAGGUUGAGUGGGGAUUGAGGAAGGACUUGUGGGUUCCGAGGGCGAAGAAGGGAUCAUGUACUCUGCAGAAGAUUGGAUAAGGGGUGGAGAAGAUGCGCAUGUCUUGUAUGCGAAUCGAAUCAGGCUGCGGGACUAUAUGGCGGAACUGGAAUGGGAUGAAGGCUUGACCUGACCUAUUGGAGCAAGACAGUCUGAUCA